AUGACUUUCCGAGUGUUUGUUUUGUCAGAGAAACCGUUCCUGUUGCAGCUGCUGGAGUGGAGCCUGCGUGGACUGUCCCAGGUGAUCAUGGUUGACAACCCACUGAGCGGGGUGCUGAUACUGGUCGCUCUCAUCCUCUACAACCCCUGGUACACUCUCACCACCACUGUGGGGCUGCUGUCUUCCACCCUGACUGCACUCAUCAUUGGACAGGACAGCGCAGAUGUCUCAAAGGGUGUCUAUGGCUUCAACGGUGCGCUGGUGGCUCUCUUGAUAGCGGUGUUCAGUGCCAUGGGGGACUGGUACUGGUGGCUCCUCCUGCCUUGCUGCUUCGCUGGUGCUUCGUGCACGCUCCUGUUCAGUGGCCUGGCCACCCUGUUAAAGGGAUGGGACAUCCCGGUCAUGGUGUUCCCCUUCAACAGUGCCUUGUCCCUCUACAUGUCAGCCACCGGCCCACACAACCUCUACUUCCCCCAACAACACGUCCAGCCAGACAUCGUGCUGGCCCACAGCAAUGUCACAGACCUGGACCUGCUCAGGCUCUUGGAGGGGGUGCCGUUGGGAGUGGGUCAGAUCUUUGCCUGUGAUGACCUGUGGGCCUGCGGACUUAUCUUGCUCGCUGUGUUCGUCUUCUCUCCACUGCUCUGCGUUCACGCCCUGCUGGGGUCCUGCGUGGGAAUCAUCACUGGUCUCUCUCUGGCAGUCCCCCACAGCAGGCUCUACUCCGGCCUGGCUGGGUUCAAUGGUGCUCUGGGCUGCAUGGCUAUUGGGGGCUUUUUCUUUGCUUUUAACUGGAAGACCCACCUCUUCGCCAUAACCAGCGCGUUUCUUUCCUCCUACACUGACAUGGCCCUAGUCAACAUCCUGGCAGGGGUGGGGCUGCCCGCUGGUAGCUGGGCUGCUACACUAACGAUCGCUCUUCUUGUCCUGGUCAGCGCCAGGAAGUUCAGUGUCCACAGGAUCCCCUCCGGCAGUGUCUCUAUCCCCGAGUGCACCUGGAGGACACGCAGCACUUGGACAGCGGUGGAGAUAAAGAGCACGGACAUCUGACCACACACUCAGGAUCUGACCUCCACUUAUGUCUGACUACACUUAGAAUUUUGCUGAGAGUGUAGAUCUCACACUCAGAAUGUCAAUGCCAAAGCAUUCUGAACAUUUAAACCACAACAAGUUCUAUAUAAAAAUAUUAAGUGCAUUAAUAUCAGGGUUUCAUUCGAUUUUUAUUUAGAUUUAAUGACUUAUGUAUGUAAGUGUUCCGUAGCUGAGAGGGUACUUCUCUUGCACUCUUUGCACGACAGCCUGACAAAGCAAAGAGUUCACGUUAAAUAUGCUCUUAAAUGGAUUAGAGCUAGCUCCUGAAAAUGUAUAAAUAUACAUUAAAGUCAGUGAUUUGCAGCAUGUGGACUGUAACAUCUUGCAUUCUCAAGAUACGUUUUCAAGCGUGGCGUACGUAUGGUUUUCACAUGCGUCUUCACUGUAUCUCCAUUUCAUUCCCUGCAAGGGAUAAUAAACAAACCAAUAAAAUUGAAUACAAAACUAAAGCACCACAGAGAGUGUACAAUGCCAUCCUGUAUCUGAUGGCUUAUUGCUUCUAGUAAAUAUCUACUCCCAUUUUCCUGCUAUCAUGGUAACAGCAUAAACAGCAGUCUGAGCGUGGAAGGGGAGUGAGUGAAGAGCUGCAUUUAUAGCCAUUAUUACAGCUGCUCAAAAGGUCAGUGGAUGAUUAAUACAGGAAAUUGGAUAAGUGCCUCUAUUAUGUGCCUUACCAACUUUUCUGAUGGGCUGUGUUUUGUAUUUGUGAAAUUAGCUUCUGCAUGUCUGUUUUUUGUUCCUGUAAGAAGCAGAAGAACUAUUGUUGAUACCAGCCUGCACCACUCCUUGCUCUCCACAAUUAAACACUUUUAUAAAGCAGAAUGUUAAAU